AGUCUAGCCGAGGAGAAAACGGAGGAAAAAAAUAUGAAAAUAUGAACGGACUGAAACUGCUGAAAAAUCUUUACGUUGGGAAAUGUAUUUCUGAAACAAAUCCAAGUAAUACACUAUAAGGAUAUCUGCAAGGACUAUUUACAACUGAAAGUAAAGUGCACAGAAAUAUUGUCUCCAGCCUUUUUCUGAAGAAAAUACCGGGAAUGGAAUGGGGGAAUUUGCAUCUCUCCAAGGCAGCAGGUAUAGGAUGGAAGAUCUGACGAGAGGAGGAGAGGACAGUGAAUGAAGACCGUAAAGAAAGGAAAUAGCAUAACUUUUUAUUUUUGUACUGUUCUGUUUUAUCUGCUCAGCUCCUUUAUCCAGACUGAUAAGUAGAUCUAUGGGUGCUGGACUGUUGGGCUGAGAGACGGGAUUACUGGGCGAAGGGGAGACAGGGGAAGACAGGGGAAGACAGGGGAAGACAGGGAGAGGAAAAGAAAGGCUGUGUGAGCCGGGUAGGAGACCCCACGUUUAUGUUGGUGACCUGCAGUCAUUGCUGAGACUCACUCAGACGGACCAUGUGGUUUUUGCCAAGGAGAAACCGUCUCCUCUCCUCUCAGCAUCAGGACCAUAGGGACUGGCAUGGAGCCCACAUACCCAGCUCCAUCUCCAGCCUCAGCAUCACCGCGUCCUUCUGGAUCGUAACUUUUUCCUGGUGCUUGGUGGCUGUCCGAGGCCAGGCCUACCACCCCACUGUGAACACGCAGUAUGGGAAACUCCGGGGGGUGAGAGUGCCCCUACCCAGUGAGAUACUGGGACCAGUGGACCAGUAUUUGGGGGUCCCGUAUGCAGCCUCCCCAGUGGGAGAGAAACGCUUCCUGCCCCCCGAGCCACCCUCCUCCUGGUCGGGGAUAAAGAACGCCACUCACUUUGCUCCCGUUUGCCCCCAGAAUAUUCACAACGCCGUGCCAGAGAUUAUGAUGCCCAUAUGGUUCUCCUUCAGCCUGGAUAUAGUGGCCUCUUACAUACAGGAUCAAAACGAGGACUGUUUGUAUCUAAACAUCUACGUUCCUACGGAGGAUGACAUACGAGACACCGGGGCCAAACCGGUGAUGGUGUUCAUCCACGGGGGAUCCUACAUGGAGGGGACCGGGAAUAUGAUCGACGGGAGCGUCCUGGCCAGCUACGGGAACGUCAUCGUGAUCACCCUGAACUACCGCGUCGGAGUACUAGGGUUCCUGUCUACAGGGGACCAGGCAGCUAAGGGGAACUACGGCCUACUGGACCAGAUCCAGGCUCUGAGGUGGAUCAGUGAGAACAUUGGAUACUUCGGAGGAGACUCCAACCGUAUCACAGUGUUUGGAUCUGGGAUAGGAGCGUCCUGUGUCAGCCUGCUCACCCUCUCACACCACUCUGAAGUCCUGUAUGUCCUGCAACAGAGCUCAUGA